AGUUGUUUCGUUACAUCAAUCAACAAAAGAACUUAGAAAUUUGACUUAUUGUGAUAUACAAUUCAUUUCAUAUCACCAUGAAAUUCCUUACCUUUGUUGCUAUUUUUGCCGCUUGCUUGGCCAUGGCCAUUGCUGAUGAUGAGAAAUAUACCACCAAGUAUGACAAUGUUGAUCUUGAUGAAAUUCUUAAAUCCGAUCGUCUAUUCAAAAACUAUUAUAACUGCUUGGUGGAUCAAGGCAAAUGCACUCCCGAUGGUCGUGAAUUGAAAACAAUUUUGCCCGAUGCCCUCAAAACUGAAUGCAGUAAAUGUAACGAGAAGCAAAAGGAAGGUGCCGACAAAGUAAUUCGUUUCAUGAUUGAAAACAAAGCUGAAGAAUGGAAAGCCUUGCAGGCUAAAUACGAUCCUGAGCAGGUCUACUACAACAAAUACAAGGCGGAAGCUGAGAAGCGUGGCAUUAAAGUUUAAAUAAGUUUGUAAACGGCAAAGGACAGAACAACGAUCAUAGUAAAUACUCGGAAAAAUUGUGAUCUGAAUUAUGUUAAAAAAAGUUUUGUACCAAUUCCCUAAAACAUGACCAUUUUAUACCAUUUCCCUAGAAAAUGUAUUAAAAAAAGUAUUAACUCAGUUGGUAGAUUAAAUGUAUUACUAUUAAGAAAUCCUGUUGGCUGUAAUAAAAUUUUCAAAGAAUAGCAAUCAAAA